CGAAUUGGAUUCAAAGCGAGCGAGUUUACGCUACUAACCUUCAGUUUCACAGUUACGUUCCGAGUGUAUUCGAAAAAGAAAAGAAUUUUCUAUUUUUCUCGCGAAAUACCGCAUGACAGUUGUCUGUGAUUGUGGCGAAUAAUCAGUGUACCUUAAAGGACGAAACAGUGAUGUAGUUUUCUUUCCUCUGUGCUUUGCUAGCCAAAUAAAAGGUUCUUAGCUGAGCAUCCUGGAAUCAUGACAGAAGAAAACGAAGAGGAAGAUCCAACAUUUGGUACAUUUAAACGUGAAACAUCGGAUAAUAGCAUCGCUGUCAAUAAAAGAUUGAACUUAGCUGUAGCCAUAGUAACGAGAGCUGUCCUACCCACAGUAUUCAACAUAUACUACUCAAUCCUUAGAAAUCAACAAAUUUUAGUAGAUAAUUUAUGUAACCAAGUGCUGCCCUCUAUACUCGCAUUCAUUGUGAAUACUAUCUCAAGUUCAAUAUCGACAUCUCGACAAGAAAUAACAUUCGUUACACAAGAGGAAAUAGAAGAAGGACAUAACGAAAUUUCCAUCGAAACAAAUGAACAAGGUGCUGAGAGAUCUGUGGAACUUUCCAUCCUUUAUAAACCAGAGGGCGAAUCAGAAGCCGAUGUCAUCUUCAUCCACGGUCUUCACGGUGGUUUGGGAAGAACAUGGACGCAAGGACAGUGGCGUCACGACAAUCACAAGCUGAAAGACCAACUACCAACAACAGCACCAACAGGCGAGAUGUUUGUACCUCCUAAAAAGCAAUCGCUGACAGAAACCAUUCUCAGCAUCUACAAUGCCAGAGCCGCAGAAUACAGGAAGAGGUCGAAAGAUGAAGAUUAUAUAGAAAGCCGAGAAGAAUGGAACUUUAGCGAAAUGGAGGAAGAACAGUGUCAGGAAAACUUGUCGGAUUGUUGGCCAAGGGACUGGAUCAAACUGGACUGCCCAAAUGUUAGGGUUAUGGCAUUGAACUACGACACGGAUGUGUUAUGGUGCCCCAUCUGGAUGAAGCAGCGCAAAAGGACAGGUAUGGUAGAAAGAAGCGAUGAAAUGAUUGAGGAAUUACUCAGGGUAGGAGUAGGAAAAAAACCGAUAAUAUGGGUUGGCCACUCCAAAGGAGGAUUGUACAUAAAACAAAUAAUACUGAAUGCAGUUGAGAGGAAUCCUCUUGGAAGAGUUGACAUUCUCAAUAUCAAGACACAGACAAAAGCAAUAAUGUUCUACAGUGUACCACAUAAAGGAUCCAUCUUAGCAGAUGUAUCUUUGCCUUUCCUCAGAAAAAGUGUUGAGCUUGUGGAAGUACAGAGAAAUUGCGAUUUCAUUUUAGAUUUGGACAAAAAAUUCCUAACCUUAUACCAAAGUGGUGAAUUCAGCCCAGAGAUUUUCAGUUUUAUUGAAACAGCGUUCACCCUGAUGUCUUUUGUUUUUCUCAAGAUCAUUGCUUUCGAUUCAGCAAAUCUCGGUAUAGGAGUGAUAUGUAAAGUUCCUUUAGAUCAUCGAGAAAUUUGCAAACCAGCUGGUAGAGAUUGUUUUUUAUAUAAAGAAUUAAUAAAACUAAUUAAGAAAGUACAGAACAAUAAUAUUGAUUAAAAUAUAAUUUGUUCAUUAAAUGCGCAUUGUGAUAGAAUUUAAUGUUGAAAUAUUGUAUAUUAUUAGCAUUAGAAGACUUUUAUUGAAGUUA